AUUAUUGGUAAUUAAUUAACUAAUUGAACUCUACAUGUGAUAAUUAUCUUUUUUUUUUUUUUUUGGAUUAAAGAUAUAAAGAUCCUUGUAUCCUAAGAUGACUCAAUCUUUAGAAACUAAGAGAGAAUGGAAUUAACACUAAAAUUGCUGGUUCUGCUUCUGUUUAUCUUAAAUCAUCAUGUUGGUUCUGGCUCUAUCGUCAAGUUUCUUCCCGGUUUUGAAGGCCCUCUUCCUUUCGAACUUGAAACCGGGUACAUUGGUAUUGGUGAGGAAGAGGAAGUGCAAUUGUUCUAUUAUUUCAUCAAAUCUGAGAGAAAUCCAAAAGAAGACCCUCUUCUUCUCUGGUUAAGUGGAGGACCUGGAUGUUCUUCUAUCACUGGCCUUCUUUUCCAGAAUGGACCUUUGGCUUUGAAGUCCGAGGUUUACAAUGGAAGUGUUCCUUCUUUGGUCUCUACUACAUAUUCGUGGACUAAGACGGCGAACAUAAUAUUCUUGGAUCAACCUGUUGGAGCUGGCUUCUCCUACUCAAGAGCUCCACUUAUUGAUACACCUACUGACACAGGAGAAGUUAAGAGGAUUCAUGAGUUUCUCCAAAAGUGGCUAAGCAAGCAUCCACAGUUUUCUUCCAACCAUUUUUAUGCUGGCGGAGAUUCUUAUUCCGGUAUGAUUGUUCCGGCCCUCGUUCAAGAAAUCUCGAAAGGAAAUUAUAUAUGUUGCAACCCUCCUAUAAAUCUAAAGGGUUAUGUACUCGGGAACCCGAUAACGCACGAAGACGACCCAAACUAUCGCAUUCCAUUUUCUCAUGGAAUGGCACUAAUUUCAGAUGAACUAUACGAGUCAAUUAGGGAAGCCUGCAAAGGAAAUUAUUUCAAUGUGGAUCCACGAAACACAAAAUGUUUGAAACUUGUCGAGGAAUUUCAUAAGUGUACCGACAAACUAAAUGAAUUCCAUAUACUAUCACCAGAUUGCGACACGGCAUCUCCUGAUUGCUAUUUAUAUCCAUUUUAUCUCAUUAGCUUUUGGGCCAAUGACGAGAGCGUCCGCGAUGCUCUUCAUGUUAAUAAGAGGAGUAUUGGAAAAUGGGAGCGAUGUAACUAUCUGAGUAAACCAUACAACAAAGACAUCAAGAGCAGCGUACCAUACCAUAUGAAUAACAGUGUUAGUGGCUACCGAUCUCUCAUCUACAGUGGUGAUCAUGAUUUGGUGGUUCCUUUCCUUGCAACACAAGCCUGGAUAAAAUCUCUAAAUUACUCUAUCAUUGAUGAAUGGAGACCUUGGAUGAUUAGAGAUCAAAUCACUGGAUACACGAGAACUUAUUCCAAUAAGAUGACAUUUGCUACUGUCAAAGGAAGUGGGCACACAGCGGAGAAUAAACCACAAGAGAGUUUUAUCAUGUUUCGAAGGUGGAUUAAUGGCCAACCUUUGUAAAAAUUACAAUUAUGAAUUAUCUACUAUGUGAGCUAUUUGUUCCUGAGGAGGUUUAGAACUCUACCACUAGUUCGACAUGCUAUAGUUACCAAUAAAUGAGGUCUUAUUUGGGUCUAGGGAGACUACAGGCCAAAGACUUGGAACUUCUUGGUUUAUUGUUAUAUGUUGUUAGGUAACAUUUUUGUGUUAUUCAUAGAUUUUACCUUUUGGUACUUUUAUCUUCUCACAGAUUAUAUUGUUCUGUGUUGUGCUGUUAUUUUUUACAAUUAAACUUAGAUUUUUAAUAAAUUCUUUUUUGUCUCAAAUUUAAUAAGUUAUAUACCUAUCUCCAUUUUAC